UGAGCGUGGACGUUCCGGUGUGAUCGGCAGCUUCCGGGAGUGUCGAGGCUAAACGGGCCGGGUUGGAGCGGGCUCGGGGGAGGAUGAAGAAGGAGCAGGUGGCGAACUGCCAGUUCUCCGCGUGGUACCCGCUCUUCCGGGCCGUCACCAUCCGCAGUGUUAUACUUCCCCUGCCAGAGAAUGUGAAAGAAUAUUUGCUGGAUGAUGGAACACUUGUGGUUUCUGGAAGAGAAGAUCCACCAAGUCCUGCUCAGGAGAGGAGUGACGAUGCAGAGGAAAUACAGUGGUCAGAUGAUGAGAAUACUGCGACACUUAAGGCACCAGAAUUUCCUGAGUUUACAGCUAAAGUUCAAGAAGCAAUAAGUUCCUUGGGUGGUAGUGUUUUUCCUAAACUUAACUGGAGUGCUCCAAGGGAUGCCUACUGGAUUGCAAUGAACAGCUCUCUGAAAUGUAAAGCUCUCAGUGACAUCUUCCUCCUCUUCAAGAGUUCAGACUUCAUUACUCGUGAUCUCACUCAGCCAUUUAUUCACUGUACUGAUGAUUCCCCUGAUCCUUCCUUGAACUACGAGCUUGUUCUUCGCAAAUGGUGUGAACUAAUCCCUGGUGCAGAAUUCAGAUGCUUUGUCAAGGAAAACAAGCUUAUAGGUAUAUCCCAGAGAGACUACACUCAAUAUUACGACCAUAUCUCUAAGCAACAUGAGGAGAUCUGCAGAUCAGUACAGGAGUUUUUUGAGAAACACAUACAGUACAAAUUCUUGGAUGAAGACUUUGUUUUUGAUGUAUACAGAGACAGCAAGGGUAAGAUUUGGUUAAUAGAUUUUAACCCGUUCGGUGAAGUAACAGACUCUCUGCUGUUUACGUGGGAAGAACUGACCUCUGGGAAGAACUUGAAAGGAGACCAGUGUGAAGGGGAGGCAACGGAACAGGACUAUCCAGUUUUCCGUUGUACGAACAGUGAAGUUACCGUGCAGCCUAGUCCAUACCUGAGUUACCGACUGCCGAAAGAUUUUGUGGACCUUUCUACAGGAGAGGAUGUUCACAAAUUAAUUGACUUUCUUAAACUGAAAAGAAAUCAGCAAGAUGAUGACUGAGGUAUCAAACACACAGUGUGACAUUGGAUUACAAGCAAGAAAUGUGGAAAAAGCUAUAUUCAGCAUAACUAUUAAGCUAUUGAUUUAAAGAAAACCUGCUUUUCAUAGUCAAUGAAAGAACUGGAGAGCUGUUCAUCCUGUGUGUCUGUUGGUUUUAUAUAUGUGUAGAAAAGCUUUUUCAGGGAAACAUGAAAGGUCAGGGCAAGUUCUUGCUGGAUUCCAGGUGAAAUCCAAUUAUACCAUGGUGCAAGCAAGCAACAAUCUGACUGCAACUGAACGACUGCUUUCGCGUCUCACAAUAUGAAUGCUGAUGCCGUUGAAGUAUGCCAUUGGACUCGUCAGUGAUAAAUGUGGCAGCAUUUAAUGCUGGUGCAGUUAAAACAUUGAGCGUUUACAGUUGAGCUUAGAAUACAAUGUAGUCACAAGGAAAGAAAGGAAUGUAUGUUUGCUUCUUUGUUUUUAAAGAACUUUUAAAAUUGUAAAUUCACUUUGCUUUGGGAGAGCUUCUCAUCCUUCCUUUAUGUAAGAAAAAAAAGUAAAGAAGUGGAGAAAGGGUUUUUUUUUCUUUGUCAUGAGGGCUAAUACUUCAUUUCAGAGAACAGCUAUAGCUAUUGAAGACUAUUGAAGGCUUGAAAAUUUUGCGUUUCAGGAAUUUGAAAUUCUGAAUGCAUUUCAGGUGAAAUGGUAUUUCACAGCAGCUAAAGCCAUGUGACUUGUUAAAUGUCUCCAGAUUUAAUUUCAUUUUCAUAGUAAAGCUUUCUUGAAACUUGUUUUUUAAUAUCAUUACAUACCAGACAUCACCUGCGGCUUUAAUGUAAAUAGUUAAAAGGAACAUCAACCUGUAAUUUUAUAUGUGGAAUUAGUCUUGUUUCUUUUGUAUCACAUCUCUGAGUUUCUUAAGAAAAUUAUUAUUCUUUCAGCUCUUAAAAGUCUGUAUUCGUUUGGUACUUCAUGUUCUUUGUAUAAAAGGAAGCUUGCCUAAAUUGAGGAAACGGAAGCUGUUGUUACUGAUUGCUGUUAUUGUCAGGGGAAGGGAAAAUUUCAGCUGAAGAACCAAGUAACUUGGAUCUAGGUGUUUGCAUGGCAUCAGUACUUUAUUAACAGCAUGCACAGUUCCUGUUGAAACGAAAGGGUGUUUGGAGGUGCUCAUAGCCCCUGGAAAUUGGUUCAUUUUGAAUCAGUUACACAAUACUUUGUGUAUAUAAAGCUGUUCAUGUUUCUUUGUCUUCCUUUUGCUGGCAAACUGAUAUGGUGCUCAAUUACAAAUCUGUUCUUAGAUGUUAAAUCUGAGCUUAGAUGUUAAAUUUUUACUUACUGUCUUUAUUUAGCUUCAGUUUUGAAUGAAUGCUUACUCUAGUUAAAGAUUAUGCAGAUCAAGAAUCCAGUUCUACCAAAUACAUUGAUGAAGCAUCACAGAUGAGAGUUCCUGGAUCUGAGAGUACAAGAUCUGCCCUACCCUUUUCUUCUGGUCUGUGGAAUCUCCUCAACAGCUUUUUGUGCACAAAUUAGAUGAUCAUUAGCUCAGGGCUGGGCUAUAUCUAAUCCUGCCUACUGCACGGUUUGGGAUGGGUUUUUCCUCACCUUUAUCAGAGAGAUUAUUUGACUAUCAAUGUCUCUAAAUCAGGCAGGAAUUUCAAGAUGUAAAAAGUUAAUGAAGCUUUCCUUUCUCUUUUAAAGUUUCUAGCUAUAACUUCAAUUGUUGUGAUGGUCUAACCGCACUUCCUUUACACAGAUAAUGCCCUGGGAUUUCCAGCAGAUUCCUAAAUGCUUCUGAGCUACAGGUUAUUGUCUUUAAAAAAAACGAGUCUUGAUUUAAAGCUGCAAGGUAGUUUCCUGCCUCUUUUUUUUGUGGGAUCUGCUAAUUAAUUUACCAUUAUCACAGCUUUCUGUGCUGGAUAUUCACUAGAACAUAUUCAGUGUUAGGACCAGUUUGAUGGGACCAUAAAGCGUGUCCCUUUAGCUGAGUACGCUGGAGCAGCAGCAGCCUUUUAACAGUCCUUUGCUUCUUGACUUUAUCCUGAAAAUGGCAUCUCUGAGUGACCAAAGAACUGACCAUAAUAAAAGCAAGCUCUUGGACUUGCUGGCAGUGUUCAUAUAUUUAUAAGAACAGCAAUCUUAUGUGGGUGCUCUGCAUUUAUAGUUCAGCUCUUCUGGGACAGAUCACAGUGGAAUCGGAUGCUGGUCAAGCACCUGGUUCCCUGAAUGGCUUUACUUGUUGCUAGCCUGACCCGCUCGCUCGUUAAAGGAUUACCAUAAUCCUACCCACUGCCUCUGGCACAGCUCACCUUGCUGUCCCUUAGCAGGUUCAAUGGCUAUUUAACAUACUCAAAGACCUCUCUUACAGUCAUACACGAGUGAUAAAUGCAUUCAAAGUUUGUUUUUCUCCCCUGUGUUGUGCGAUGACCAAUCUGCAUUAAUGAACUCCUCAGCUAAGCAAUCAGACACUGAUAACCAACAUCAUUUCAGAGUUGCAGGAGCUUAUGCUGCUUCUGCUGGGCUUAGUCUUAAUGAAGACCAUAAAGGUAGCAGAGCAAAAAGUACUAAUCCCGUGUUCAGGUCCUGAUAUAGAAAGAGUCCCCACUCUAAAAAUAUUCUAUGUAAUUAGAUUCCCCAAAAUACAGUAUCAUUAUAAUUUAAAUAUGUACUUUGUUUAAUUUGUUUCUUUCUCCAACUUCAGGUAACCAGAUGUUUUUUCAGUCUGCUAGAUUAAAGUUUUCUCUUCUAAAAGAAUUUUUAUCCUGUACAACCUUUUGAUCUACAAGGAUAAUUAAUGUGUUCCUCUUGGGGAGAUGAGAAGCUAAUGUUGCUACAUUAACAAUGCUUCAGAUCAAUUUAAACUGACUACUGUAUGACACUUAACUCUGUUUUAGGUCAUCAUAAAAUCAGUUUCUUCCUUUUGCCAUCACACAAAUUUAAAAAUGCAAAAUUCCAAUUCUUCAGGCCCUUGUUCAUUCAAUGGUGUGAUCACGAUUGGCUGAGUAAGGGCUAACAAUACACUAUAUAUUCCAAGUUAUAUACUUAAAACCUUAUACAAAGACCUUAUAUGUUUGUAAUCUCACCUAGAUAACAAAGAUAAGAAGUUUUAGAGUGACAUAGCAUGCAGUCAUCUUGUACAAACGCCUGCCAAACUGCAUACUCUUAAAAAGUCUGGUUGUGUCGAAUGGCUCGAGUGUAAUAAAGCUCAGUUCUUGGGCUGCAGCUCUGCUAGGAGUCUUCAUUGUGUCACAGCCAAUGCUUGUGAUAUUUCAUCUUCCAGAUGGAUAUUGAGAAUCAGGAUUCCAGUAACCCUGUAAGUAGCAUUUUUUAACGUGCCCUGGCUUAGUUCAGGAUUUGGAAUAACACUUGUAUUUCUAGACUGCAGACUCUCCAUUCUGUUUGUGCCCCUUUGACUCUUCUUUUUCCAGUGUUUUCCUCCUCUUUUCUGACCCACUAAUCUAAUAUUUGGGGGAAUGUUAAGAUUGCAAUAAGCAGGAACAUGGAUAAUGCUGAUCUGAAUUUUAAAACCUCUCCGUUGGCUGUUUCCCUCCCUUUUAGAGAUUUUUUUUUUUUUUGAGUGGUCUGUAAUAUCUGAAAAAAACCCUGCAAGUAGGGGAAUAGUAGCCAGCUCUGAUUCUCAGUAAAAUGAGUACCACUUGUUGGAUUCUGGUCAUAGUAUCUAGCUUGUAAGAGUCCCAGAUGAAUUGAAAUGUCAUGUAUCUCAUUCUUACAGACUCUCCCAUUGAUGAUGUCCAGGGUGCAAUGCUGGCCAGAAAAAAGGUACUUGGUAGCAAGAUGCUGUUCAGAUGUCCACUUAAGCAGUAUAGACCAUUAGAAUUAAUUGUCAUGGUUUCAAGCUUUCAAGAGAGCGUUGCCAGAUGAAAGGAUUCUAAAAUCAGUGGUGGAGUAGAGAUGAGUAGUAGUGUGGCACAAAUCUGUGUAAAAAAUGUCUGGCACCUUCCUGCACAAGUGAAUCAGUUUGGCUUUCAUAAACUGUCCUGAACCUGAAGUGUCGAGUAGCUGGAGAAAGCCAUAGGGUAUCUGCUAGGGAAUAUAAACAGGAAAAUCAGCUUUACCAUUGGUAAAUGUCAACCUUAGAGGCCAAGGUUAUAUGCUUCACGUGGGUUUGGAGAGGAAGUCUAUCGCUUCAAGAAAUUCUAGUGAACUGAAACACUUACCCUUGGCUAUGAGGAGCCUGGAAGUGUAAUGUGGAAACAGGCCAUAAUGCUUUUGAUUCAUGAUGGUUUCUUGGUAAUGCUGAUAUUUAGAAGCUUAAUAAAUCUCAAAGUUUUCCUGGAUGUUGAGUUAACAGUGUCUUUAUUUCUGUUUGAAUUUGAUGAUGUCUAUAAAGAGAAAGUGUCCAGCUUGUGGUCAUCAUGAAAUUCUAUAGAAUUGAAAUAAGACUUGUUGCCAUAACUGGGGUAUGGCAACAAGGAGGCCUGGAGCUUUCUCAAAGGUGUGGAGGCUUUGAGUGGUCAUGUGUGGUUAUAGAUUUUUGUAGUAAUGAAGAUGGCACUGGAGUAAGAGUGGCUGAGGCACGGAGUGGAACACAGUGACAGGAACACAAGAUGGUAGCGGAUGGACUUACUGUAUUUCUGCGUGCAGACUUUUGUAGCAGUGUACUCCUUGGGUACCAAGAGUGUUUUGACUGCUCUAAGGUCCUCUUGAUAGCUGACCAAGCUUCUUCCAGCAAUAUGUUUUGGUAGGUUGUAGGGGAAGGUUGGUUGGUGAAAAAUGCUGAUUUCUCAGAACCUUUCUUCAUGAAAACAUGGUAGUUAGAAAUAAACUUCCAAGGAGAGAUUUGUGACUCUCAAACAGCCUUUCUAGCCAAGAGAGAGAAAACAAACAGUACUUGCUAUUUCUAGUCUUUCAGGGCUCAAAUCCAGAUGGUAGAGGGAAUUUUGAUUUCUGUAUUAGCUUCUGCCAUGAAACUCUAUGUCCUGACAGACUGUUGUACCAUUGAUGUAAAUGAAUUAUUCAUUGGAGCUGGGACUAUAAGAGGCAGGAGAGAGAAUGAAGCACUACGUCAAGCUAAAACAUGUAACACUGGUAUGAGGAAUACACAGGAGGAACUCAAUGUCAAUAUAUAUCAAAAAUAUUUGAUGGGUGUUGCAGAGAGUUUGGGAGAUUAACUGCAGCAUUGGAACAGAGAGACCCGUGGUUCAGGAAGGGCUGGAGGCAUAAUGCUGAACAUCAUUAACGUCUGUAUUUCCAAAGCUUGGGAACUGUAGAAUCACAGAAGGGCUUAGAGUAGAGGGGACUUUUUAAAGAUCAUGCAGUCCGGCCCUCCUGAGCAGAGACAUCUUUUGCUAGAUCAGAUUGCUCCAAGUCCCAAACAAUCUGACCUUGAAUAUUUCUAAUGAUGGGGCAUCCACAACUUCUGUGGGCAAUGUGUUCCUGUGUCUCACCAAAUUCCUGAAGAAAAAUUUCUUCCUUAAGGUCCAUUUAAACCUACCUUCUUUCAAUUUAAAACUGCUGCCCCGUGUCCUGUCACUACAAGCCCUGGUAAAAUGUCUCUUUCCAUCUUUCUUUUAAGUCCCCCUUAAAUAUUGAAAGGCCACAAUAAGGUCUCCCUGAAAUCUUCUCCAGACUGAACAAGCCCAACUCUCUCUAUCUGUCCUCAGAGGAGAGGUGUUCCAUCCCUCUGAUCAUCUGUGGCCUCCUCUGGACCCGCUCUAACAAGUCCAUGUCUUUCCUGUGCUAAGGGCUACAGAUCUGGAUGCAGGACUCCAGGUGAGGUCUCUCCAGAGGGGAGUAGAGGGGCAGAAUCGCUUCCCUUGAUCUCCUGGCUGUACUUCUUGUGAUGCAGCCCAGGAUACAGUCAGCUUUCUGGGUUGUAAUCACAUACUGCUGGCUUAUCUCCAAUUUUUCAUCCACCAGUAUCCCCAAUGUGGUAGAAGAGGAAGGUAUUUGCUACUUGGGUACCUGUUGGGAAACUAACAUGGGAAGACUUGAAAAGACAAAGAGUUUGGCUUUCGGAAGGUACAGCAUGUUGUUCUAGGGUUGGCCGUGGUUACAGUCAGGCUUAUUAGAAAUGGUUAAAAAUCUCAAAGUCAGAGGUAAUUCAAGGGAAAGGGGCGGAGGAGUUGGCGGUUGGUGCUCUUGAGAAAGGAGGGACAUGAGAGAAGCAGAAUAAGGACCUCAAAAGGCAGUUUUGGUUAAGUGCGGGUGGUGGUGCCCAGGUCUGCUUGGAAGAUGAUAAAUGGGGCAACUGAAAAGAGGUGCUUUUCUUUUUAAUGGCCCAGCAGCAAUCUCCUGACAUGAAGGAAAAUGGUGUAGCGAGGACUUGUAAGGAUCAAUCAAAAUGAAGCUGCAGAAACUCGAAGGAAAAGCACAUGAUUAAGUGUGGAUGGAGAAAAAAUGAUGGAUGAUUCAGAGAAAACGGAUGCAUUUAAUGUUUUCUUUGCCUCACUAUAUCCUUUUUUUAUGAGCAAAGGAAGGAAGCAAACUAAAUUACCAAAAUGUAGCAGAAAAAUUGUGCUUGGAAUAGCUAUUGGCAUGUAGCCAGAGAGGGUGUUUUGAGUGAGACCACUGUGUAUUUUAUUGCAAGGCCUGUGUUUUUCCAUAACUGCAUUAAUGAUUUGAGCAGUAAAAUAAAUA